AUGGAGGCUUUUAGCAACAUGGCAAACCACCUGGUUUCCAACUCCGCAGCCGCGAUCAACGCCAGCGACGAUAUUUCCGCACUCGAUCCAGACGAAAGCGUCCUCAGCCUGGCCAAGGGCCCAAGAAGACGACAGCAUGACGACGAUGAGUCUGAAAGUAUUGAAGAGGACGACCUGGAGAGUCUGGCCAGCGCCGCGGUCGAUGGCAAGAAGCAAGUCACAAAGGCCGAGGAGGAGAAAGAAUUACCACCUCAUGCAUGCGCAUAUUGCGGAAUCCACAACCCAAGCAGCGUCGUUCGAUGCCUCACCUGCAGCAAAUGGUUUUGCAGCGCUCGCGGAAACACCUCCUCCUCUCACAUUGUCAACCAUUUAGUCCGGGCUCGUCAUAAAGAAGUCCAACUGCAUCCGAGCAGCUCGUUGGGGGAUACGGUGCUGGAGUGCUACAACUGUGGAACCAAGAAUGUUUUCUUGCUGGGGUUCAUUCCGGCCAAGUCUGAUACCGUGGUGGUUCUCCUUUGUCGACAACCUUGUGCGGCUAUGCCUUCGUCCAAGGACAUGAAUUGGGACACCUCAAGAUGGCAGCCCUUGAUUGAAGAUCGAUCUUUCUUGUCCUGGCUUGUUGCACAACCGACUGACCAAGAACAACUUCGCGCCCGACAUUUGAGUCCGCAAAUGAUUGCCAAACUGGAGGAACUUUGGAAGGAAAACUCUGCAGCCACCAUUACCGAUCUUGAAAAGGCGGCCAAUAUUGACGACGAGCCUGCCCCAGUUCUCCUUCGAUACGACGACGCCUACCAAUACCAAAAUGUUUUUGGGCCCUUGGUCAAAAUCGAGGCGGAUUACGAUCGAAAGCUGAAGGAGAGUCAGUCGCAAGACAACUUGAUUGUCCGAUGGGACCUGGGUCUCAACAACAAGCAUCUCGCCAGUUUUGUUCUACCAAAACUGGAAUUGGGCGAUGUUAAGCUUGCUGUUGGAGACGAAAUGCGACUGAAAUACACCGGAGACUUGCGUCCGGCUUGGGAGGGCGUCGGCUACGUUAUCAAAAUACCCAACAAUCAAUCCGACGAGGUCACGAUUGAAUUACGGUCCAAGGGCGACCACAAAUCCGUCCCGACCGAGUGUACGCACAACUUCACCGCCGAUUAUGUGUGGAAAGCAACUUCAUUCGAUCGAAUGCAGCUGGCAAUGAAGACCUUCGCCAUUGACGAAAUGAGUGUUUCGGGCUACAUUUUCCAUCGCCUCCUCGGUCAUGAAGUUGCGGCAGCGCCGAUGAAAACUCAAUUGCCCAAAAAGUUUAGCGUUCCUGGAUUGCCUGAACUCAACGGCAGUCAGAUCAAUGCCGUCAAAUCUGUCCUUCAGAAACCUUUGAGCCUGAUCCAAGGACCUCCGGGCACCGGCAAGACAGUCACGUCCGCGACCAUUAUCUAUCAUCUAUCCAAAAUCAACGGCGGCCAAGUGUUGGUCUGCGCUCCAUCCAACGUGGCCGUGGACCAGCUGUGCGAACGCAUUCAUCGGACCGGACUGAAAACUGUCCGCGUGACCGCCAAAUCUCGAGAAGAUGUGGAGUCGCCGGUCGGUUUCCUGUCUUUGCACGAGCAAGUCCGAAUGAAUGACAGCAAUGUUGAACUCACCAAACUCAAUCAGCUCAAGUCCGAAUUGGGAGAACUGUCCAGCCAGGAUGAGAAGAAGUACAAAUCGUUGACGCGAGCAGCUGAACGUGAGAUCCUGACCAACGCCGAUGUCAUCUGCUGCACUUGUGUCGGCGCCGGAGAUCCUAGGUUGGCCAAGUUCAAGUUCCGCACGGUUCUGAUUGACGAGUCGACUCAAUCGGCCGAGCCGGAAUGCAUGAUCCCACUCGUCCUUGGAUGCAAACAGGUGGUGCUUGUGGGCGAUCAUCAACAACUUGGCCCUGUCAUCAUGAACAAGAAAGCAGCCAAGGCCGGUCUCAACCAAUCCCUGUUCGAGCGUCUGGUCAUCCUGGGCUGUGCUCCGAUCCGGUUGAACGUCCAGUACCGUAUGCAUCCCUGCUUGUCUGAAUUCCCAUCCAACAUGUUCUACGAGGGGUCUCUUCAGAAUGGUGUGACGAUGCAGCAGCGUCUUCGACGCGAGGUGGACUUCCCAUGGCCUGUGGCCGACGCGCCGAUGAUGUUUUGGUCCAAUCUCGGAAAUGAAGAAAUUUCGGCAUCAGGCACAUCCUAUCUCAACCGCACCGAGGCAGCCAACGUGGAGAAAAUCGUGACUAGAUUCUUCAAGGCCGGGGUUCUCCCACAAGAUAUUGGUGUCAUCACUCCAUACGAGGGCCAGCGCAGCUACAUUGUCAGUUCCAUGCAAGCCAACGGCACAUUCAAGAAAGACAUGUACAAGGAGAUUGAGGUGGCAUCGGUUGAUGCCUUCCAAGGACGAGAAAAGGAUUUCAUCAUCCUCUCGUGUGUCCGGUCGAAUGAUCAUCAAGGCAUUGGAUUCCUAAGCGAUCCUCGUCGUCUUAAUGUGGCCAUGACUCGAGCCAAAUACGGGUUGGCAAUUCUCGGCAAUCCCAAGGUUCUGUCCAAACACCCUCUAUGGCACUAUCUCUUGUUGCAUUUCAAGGAGCGCAAUUGCUUGGUUGAGGGACCUCUCAGCAACCUGCAAAUCUCCCUGCAUCAAUUCAGCCGUCCCAAGCAAUCAUAUCGAGGACCUCAGCGAUAUCAAAUGGCGUACAAUCACGCCAGUCAUCUCGCUAGUGGUAUGAUGAAUGGUCGAACAGGUCCACGCAAUGACUAUCGCGAUGGAGGAUCGAUUGUGGGUUAUAUUCCGGACGAUGUCUCCUCCAUUCACUCUUCGGCCAUGGGGGGAGUGGGCGUUCCAGCUGGAUAUCCGCCCAUGUUUCAAGGCUUCACUCCCGACGCAUGGCCUUCUCUUCAAAAUGCAAAUGGUCGUCGACAAAACGGAGUCAAACCGAGACCAGUCCCUGGUAGCGUCGCGGGAGAAUCAAUGGUGGCGACGGAGUCGGACAUCACUGGAAGUGUUGUUGGGCAGGGAGGAGUCAGUUUGGAUCAAUUGUCCAUCCAUGAUACGAACAAGCAGGCCAGUUACAACCAAGCAGAUCGAUUGAAGAGGUAUGUUGAAGGAGGAAUUCCCGGAGUCGGAUAUCUACCCAACCACAAGCUUGGGAAGGGCGCGCACGAGGAUGAAGAUGCUAGAAGCGUUUCCACUGCAUUCGUCAGUCAAAUCGGAGGCGGGUACGAUUGA